AUGCAGAGCGACUAUUUUGGCGCGGCUGCUGAGCCAGAGAACGGCCGUAUCCGCUCUCGUCCGGAAUCACCUACACCCUCCGGUCCAGCACGCAAGGUGCAGAAGCGCAGUUCCAUCGCAUCAAACGCAUCCAAUGACGACGACAAUGAUGACGAUGACACCGCAGCCGCCGACGCAUCCACCGACGCCGCUGGAGGCCCCGUGCCCAGCGGACCACCCUUCAUCUGCCCCACCUGCUCCACAAGCUACUCCCGACUCGAGUAUCUGAGACGCCACGAGAGGAGGCACGCCGACAUUCGUCCCUUCGUUUGCGACUGCGGAAAGGGUUUCUCGCGCAGCGACGUGCUCUCUCGCCACAAGCGACAGUGCCGAGUCGUCCUCCAGCUCGAUGGGUCCGGCGAUGGCGAAAAACCAGCAGAGGGUGAAGCGCCUCCGAAAGCCACCAAGCCACGUCGCUCCUCCACCGCUGCUAAGCCGGGAAGGCCCAAAGGCUCCACUAAAGCCGCCAAGGCUGCUGCCGCCGCCGCCAACAACGGCACCAACGGAUCGGCGGAUGCGGCUGGCACCGACGGCGCUGCGGCUUCUCACUCGGGCGCUCUGGGCUCCGAGGGUGCCAAUGGACCUGCUCCACCACCUCCUGCUCCUCACUCCGACCAGCUUACUCACGACGCCAUCGCUUUGGCUGCUGCGGCCGCCGCGGCUGCAGCUGCAGCAGGUCACCAUCCCGUCGGCGCCCAAGCUCAGGAGCAAGACGCUUCUGCCAUGAUCGACCCCGCCAUCGCCGCCGACUCGCAGGCCCAAGCUGCCGCCGCUGCAACCACCGUGGCCGCCAUCAGCUCGGUAGCAGCGUAUCAAUAUGCCAAUUCUAUGGACCCCCCGGAUUUUCACAUGGGGAGGGGAGCACUUAACUCGUACGCUUCGACUCCCUUCCCGCUUCCCGUUCACUCGGCCGUGGCAGCGCUCCACCCGCAGCUCUACCAACCCUCGAGUCCCGAGUCGAACCAGCCCAGAAGCGAGCACGGCAGUCCACGCUACGGCGGUCAAGCUCUCAUACGUCACGGCAGCAACUCCUCCAGAUCCGGCCUCAUGCGACAGCAGGCGGCCCCUUACGAUCAGUACGCAGCCCGUCAGGCGCACGCCUUCGCCAAUCCCGCCGAUGCUUCCAUAUGGGAAGGGUUGGACACCGCCAAACUGCCCUCGCCAGGCCAUGCCGCUGCCACCACGCCCGGUUCAGCAGCGCGUGCCACGGCCAGCAUGCUCGCUUCGCUCGGCUUCCCUGUAACCUCGCCCAUGAGCCAUCUCGGCGAUCGCCCUCGCGCCGGAUCGCACCUCGGCUCCGAUGCCAGCUACUUCCGCUCCACCGCCCCAGGUCUUUCCGGCGGCGUCGCCGCUGGCUAUGGCUCCAACAGCACCAACAGCCCAGCCUUCUCCUUUGGCACUUCCACCUCCUCAGCCGAGACGGGAGCGUCGUCCUCCAGUCACUCGAACUCCAACGCCACCGCUGCUACCAGCACGUCUCAGGGCCAGGAAGCUUCGGGAGCAACGACACCCAAGGAGCCGGUACGCUUCUCCGUGUCGACGCUAGGGCCGCUCUCGCCUUUCUCCAACACUGCGCUCAACUCGUCCAUGUCGCCCUACCUCUCUGCUUUCUCCAAUGCUCGCGACACGCCGCUCGUCUCAAGUCCGCGUUCGCAGCUGCCUACCACGCCCGGCGGCGGCCUAGCUUCGCUGGAUCUGGGCGGCCAAUGGACGGGAAUGCGUCCACCGUCACGCUCCGUCAGCCGGCACAACAGUUUGCAAGGCAUCAACAUAUCAUCGACGACUCAAAGUCAGAGCACGUCUCCCCAGUCCGAAGGCAUCGUCGCUGCUAGCAAGCUCGCAAAAAGCUUUUCGCACGAAAAGCUCAGCCUUUCUGAUAGGACGGGGGCGAACGACAGCAACGAUGUCAAGUCUGCCGCAACGAGCGCUGCCGCUACAUCCGCUGCGACAACAGCUGAUGCAUCGGCCACGUCGUCGAUAUCGGCGUCCUCCGCGACGGUUGUUCCCUCGACAGGUGCGGCGACGACGAGCGGCGCUGGGACGAUCACCACAUCGGCACCUGUGCCGAUCAGCAACAGCGGCAUCGACACACCGAGCCGGUUUGUCAAGAACGAGUCGCAGCAGUAUUUUGAUGGAGGGGCUCUCACGCCAGGACCCGAAGCCUUCCUUUUGAGGCUUCAGGGUGGCGUACAGGAGUUGAGAGCCGGGAUCCACGGAAACGAAAUCUCCUUUUUGCACGGCCCGCACACGGCGCUCAGUUCAGCACCGCUCGGUGCGUCCCAGUUUUCCACCCCAAAUUGGGAUCACUCGAUGUUUUCCAACCCCAGUGCAGGCAGCGUCGCCGCAGCUGCUGCUAGCAGCGGUACACCCGGCGCGCAGCUGAGUGCGCUCGGCUGGCUCAUGAGCCCUAGCAUCCAGCAGCUGCUGACCGCUUUCUCGACGACGGCGGGUUCGGGUACGGUCGACAAGACCAAUACGUCCGACUACUUCAACUCGAAAAUCGUCGCUGCGCCGGACUCGAUCGAGCUCGACUUGACGAGCGUCGAGAUCAUGCCGACGCCGCUGGAAAAAGCGCUGACCGACGUCAAAAACCCUUUUUUCAUUCCCCCGGACAUGUUUCGACCGUGCUACUCGAUUCAGCACUGGAGUCUGCCGCCCAUCGCUCGUCUCAGCGUGCUGGCGUUGCACGCGCAGCAGAACUUGCUCAAGCACUUCCCCGUGAUCCACGAGCCCACGUUCCGCAUCGACACCACGCCAGGCUGCAUCGCUUUCGCAAUGUGCAUGCUUGGAGGUCACGAGGCGGGACGCAAAUGGUGGGCGGGCGAGGAGGUGGUGCCCAAGUCGGCGAUCAACAUCAUCAACAGUCACGGCGCCGCCGAGCCUGUGAAUGGCUUGCAGCGUCUGAUGGAUGACAAGGGCCCGAGCCUUCUCGUCGACGAAGAGGAUGGGCAGGAGCUGGUCAAGCCGAUUGUGAUGGGCGAAAAGAGUGAGAUGCUGAUGCGGGCGUUUGCUAGCCGAUGCAAGAGCGUCAGGGACAAGUGCUCAGUGGUGCAGGCGCUGAUGCUGUUCCAGAGCAACAACUUUCUCAGCAGCGAUGCGACGACACGCACGGUCGCCGGCGUGUCUCACGGCACGGUGGUCAAUAUGGCUCGACAGGCGGGCUUCUUCGAUCCUCACGCCGACCAUGCGCAGCGUCGAACGACCCUGACUGCUGAGGAUGUGAUACAGCAGGUGAUGCUCGAGUCGGUGGAUACGAUCUUCUCGUACUCCUUCUUGCCGUCGUACAGCGACGAGAAGGAGGAGGCGGACCAGAUCUGGCGGCGAUGGGCCGAGCUCGAAGGGCGCAGAAGGAGCGCGUUUGUCAUCUAUACGGUAGAUACGGUGGCGCAUCUGGAUGCAGCUGUGCCCACAUUGUUGUCGACCAAAGAGCUGGCGCACCUACCUCUGCCCAUGCCGGACCACGUCUGGCGCGCGCCGACGGCGUCGAGCUGGCGCACAGCACUCGAUAUCCAUCGGGGCCUGACGCUGGACGAAGCGCUGCAGCAGCUGCUCUCGUCUGAUGCGAAUACCUCUCCGCCGCACGAGCUGCCCGGCUCGCCAUCGUUGUACGGCUCGCAUGGACCGUUCGCUCGUUUGGCGAUGGUGUUGGCGCUGUUGCGUGGCAUCAUCGACAUGCUAGAAGGACGCGCGAUGAGGGUGGCCAAGCCGUCGUCGCUGAGCAAGUGGAUGAAAAUGAGCGGUGCUCAGAGCGACGGAAUCACCGGGUCGGCCAACGAGGCGCAGGUGGCGCUAUUCAAGAAGGCGCUGGCACGGUGGCGCAAGGCAUGGGACCAGGAUCCAACGUGCCGCUUUGCAUCGGUGAAAAAGACGGAUGGCGGUCCGGACGCUGCGGCUGACGACAAAGCGCACUGGACCACGCCUACAGCCGUGACGGGAGGCAAGCACGAGUGGCCGAAAGAGCUGCAACGAACGCUGUUCACGCCGCUCACAGCAUCAGGAGCCACGCCGCUGUCGAACGACGCACUGCCCAUGUACUGGCUUGCUCACGUGUUGGUGACGCACGCUGCAUCGAACCAACGUCUGCCUCUGCGCAGCGUCGAAAGCAAGGUGGGUGCGCCAACAGCACGCAACGGCAGCGGCUAUGCUGCGGCGAACGGUGGACCGGACAUGCCAGAUUUCCGCGCAAUGCUGCGUUUCGCCAAGAACUUUGUCACUCGCGGCGAAAAAUGA